AUGGCGGUGCCUUUUAUUGUUCAGUGGCUGGUGUUGCAGGAAGAGCGGCAGUUUCGUGAGCAUCGCGAUGCGUUCCAGAUGCCCGAGGAAAUGUUCCGGUCUUGGUAUCGACUUAGUAAGGACUUGGCACGGUGGUUGUGCGAAGAGCUUCGUCCCGUGCUUGUGCGGGAGCGGGUGAACACUCGCACAGCGUUGACUGUAGAAGUUCAAAUUCUGUGCGCGCUUCGCUUCCUUGCCACAGGCGGAUUUCAAGGUGCGAUUGCCAGUGACGAGGACUUGACUCCAAGUCAAUCUAGUGUUAGCCGUUCGGUUCACGCAGUCAUCGAGGCUAUCGUGGAUUGCAUCGGCGACGCAUGGAUCUCGUUUCCAGACGACACAGCGGCAUUGAGUUCUGCAUCCGAAGGGUUCGUGCGCAGAGACUGCAGGUUCCAGGGUUGCGUCGGGGCUGUGGACGGCACAUUUGUGUGCAUUCGCGCACCAUCGGAUAGGGACGAUGCCAACAAGGCGGCUUACUUCUGCCGGAAAGGCUAUUACACCUUGAACGUCAUGGUGGUGUGUGAUGCGAGCCUCAGAAUAACUGCCCUCGAAACCUCCUACCCAGGAUCUGUGCACGACUCUUUUGUGUGGAAAGCAUCAAGCCUCUACGCAGAGUGCCGAUCUGGGAGCCUGCUUCAUGGUGGUGAAUACCUGCUUGGUGACAGCGCCUAUCCGCUCCAGCCAUGGCUUGUCACACCUGUUCCUGGGAACCACAUUUCUCGUAGCCCUGCAGCCACGUUUAACGCUGCCCACUCAUCACUGCGCUCAGUUGUGGAACGCUGUAUUGGGGUCCUCAAGAUGCGCUUCAGGUGUCUGCAACGGCACCGGGCACUCUACUAUGGGCCAGUGUUGACAUCAAAAAUCAUUGCAGCCUGCGCAGUGCUGCACAACUUGUGCGUGCGCGCUGAGCUUCCAGAGCCCGAUUGCACCUCUGGGAUCGACGACUUCGACGGAGACGUGAACGCAUACGAUGACAGCGAAGAUGUGACGGCGGCAACACUCUACAGGGCGGGCAGGCAGAAACGCGAAAGGAUGCUGCAAAUGUUCUGAGCAGGCCAGCAGUUCAGCAUAUCCAAGUAGCCACCCUGCAAAUGAGAGCCAUUGAAAUAGUAAUUGUAGUCCCUGCAAGCGCAGUGCUUUUUUUUCUUGUUUAAAUUUUUUUUUAUCUAUGGUAUUUUUUCUUGUUUUUGUUGCAGAAAGCAACAGACAGCUGGAAGACGCAGCAUAUUUUAGUAGCUAUUCCAUAAGCGUGUCAUUGGCAGGUGGUCAAAGACACUUAUUAUUUUCUUGGUGCAAGUAUAGUGUGAAAUGUCAUGUACCCUUCAGUUCUCAUAGAGGACGACAGGGAUUACUUUCUUUUUAUGUGCCACAAGAUUUCAUGUGCCAUUGCACGUUAUAAUAGCGGCAAACAAUGAGAAGCCUCCAGUAAGCUCCAUUUAUGUUCAGUAUGAAUGCAAGAGGACAAACCUUUGUUGGUUUAAUUUUCCA